AUGGUCGGGGGUCAGGGGUCGGGGGGUCAGGGGGUCGGGGGUCAGGUCGGGGGUCAGGGGUCAUGGUCGGGGGUCAUGGUCGGGGGUCGGGGGGUCAUGGUCGGGGGUCAGGGGUCGGGGGUCACGAACCAGCCCAGACCCAGAACAGGCCCAGACCCAGAACCAGAACCAGGCCCAGACCCAGACCCAGGCCCAGACCCAGACCCAGAACCAGGCCCAGACCCAGAACCAGAACCCAGACCCAGAACCAGACCCAGACCCAGACCCAGACCCAGACCAGACCCAGAACCAGGCCCAGACCCAGAACCAGGCCCAGACCCAGAACCAGAACCAGGCCCAGACCCAGAACCAGGCCCAGACCCAGAACCAGACCCAGACCCAGGCCCAGACCCAGAACCAGACCCAGAACCAGGCCCAGACCCAGAACCAGACCCAGACCCAGGCCCAGACCCAGAACCAGACCCAGAACCAGGCCCAGACCCAGAACCAGGCCCAGAACCAGACCCAGACCCAGGCCCAGACCCAGAACCCCAGACCCAGAACCAGGCAGAACCAGGCCCAGACCCAGGCCCAGACCCAGGCCCAGACCCAGAACCAGAACCAGGCCCAGAACCAGGCCCAGAACCAGGCCCAGAACCAGAACCAGGCCCAGACCCAGAACCAGACCCAGAACCAGGCCCAGACCCAGAACCAGGCCCAGACCCAGACCCAGAACCAGGCCCAGACCCAGAACCAGGCCCAGAACCAGACCCAGGCCCAGACCCAGAACCAGACCCAGAACCAGGCCCAGACCCAGACCCAGACCCAGACCCAGACCCAGACCCAGACCCAGACCCAGGCCCAGACCCAGAACCAGGCCCAGACCCAGAACCAGAACCCAGCCCAGACCCAGAACCAGACCCAGAACCAGACCCAGAACCAGGCCCAGACCCAGAACCAGGCCCAGAACCAGACCCAGACCCAGAACCAGGCCCAGACCCAGACCCAGACCCAGAACCAGGCCCAGACCCAGGCCCAGACCCAGACCCAGACCCAGAACCAGGCCCAGACCCAGAACCAGACCCAGACCCAGACCCAGACCCAGACCCAGAACCAGGCCCAGACCCAGAACCAGACCCAGGCCCAGAACCAGGCCCAGACCCAGAACCAGACCCAGACCCAGGCCCAGACCCAGGCCCAGACCCAGAACCAGAACCAGGCCCAGAACCAGGCCCAGAACCAGAACCAGGCCCAGACCCAGAACCAGACCCAGAACCAGGCCUAGACCCAGAACCAGACCCAGAACCAGGCCCAGAACCAGGCCCAGACCCAGGCCCAGACCCAGGCCCAGACCCAGAACCAGAACCAGGCCCAGAACCAGGCCCAGAACCAGAACCAGGCCCAGACCCAGAACCAGACCCA